CACGGAAGAGUUAAUAACAGAAAAUAGUUUUGAGCAAUCCGAAAAUAUAGGGGUGAAGAGUAUGCAAUUCGACAUAUUUCCUACAACAAUCUUAACACCGUACGAAGCAAGAGCGAUAGCCUCUGUCCUUCAGGAAUGCGUAGAUCAUUUAGCUAUCGUACGGUAUACCAUACCAGCAGAGAUCGAUGAUCGUUGGGACGAUAUCACGAAACCUAUAAACGAGAAAUACGGUGGCCCGGAAGAACCCCAUAUAAUCAUCAGGGAGGAAACUAAUUUACCACCAUUGAUGUUGUCGAAUGCGGAAAAAUUUCAGAGAGACAGAACUUAUAUGCACAAGAUUUUAAAGAUGACUCUCGAUGAAAUCAAACAUUAUCGAAAAUUCAAUGUCCUCGAAGAGGAGGUCAAUGAUAUUAUGAGGAUGUUGGAGGACGAGAAUAAUCUUGAUAAAACUUGUACGUUCUGGGAGAAUCAAGUUAAUCAAUUACGACAAUUGAUCAAAGACGAAACGAGCAAGCAGGAACGUGAGAAGAGACAGUUGUUGAAAUCGGCUCAAAUGACAAAAGCGAAAAUCGAUGAUACUAUUUACGAAGUCGCAUUGAAAAUGGGUUACGUGGAGAACUGGGAAAAUGCGAGAUUUAAUCAGCAUUCGUUGAAAAUUACAACGGAAGAGCAAGAUCUUUUAAAUGAAAUCGACGAAUAUCAAAAGAAGCAGAUCAUAGAGAAAAUUGUUAGUGACGAGAUAUGUGUUUACUAUCAGGAGAAUAUCAAAAAUAUGGAAAAUGAGAUGUUAAAAUGGUCCAAUCAAUACGACCAAGAAAUGGAAAAAAGACAACGAGAUAUAGACAAUUUAAAGGCAAAAGUUGAAGAACAAAAACUGGAAAUUCAAGAUUUGCAUAUUAUGAAAGACGAGAGACAGGAAGUUAUCGACAAUUAUCUAGCUGAAAUAAAGAGAUUAGAAGAGGAAGCUAAAUACCAAGCGCUUCUCAAUCAUGCCGCAACAGUUAUUCAAGCAGCAAUAAGAGGAUAUUUGGUGAGACACGAAUUAGGUGAGUAUAAAAAUCUUCGAGCACGAUUACGUAAGAGAAAGAAAUUGGCAGCCGCGAAAAGAAGGAAAUUGGAAAAACAACGAAAGUUAUUGGAGGAGGAAGAAAUGAAGAAAUUGAAAGAUGCUAGGCUUAGAGGCAGAAUUAAGUGA